AUGUCGGAGACCAAAAGUCUUAAUUGUUAUGAUGCACUCUCAAAUGAUAGCUCAGCACUCUUCAAUUCAAUAAAUAGCAGCACAGAGCUUAGUGCAUCCCAUCCAUCAGACGAAAUCUCAGCUUCUGGCUGCUGCUUUUCAUCUUUUUCCUACAAUGAAAAUUUCGAUCCAAACACAAAAAAGGCAGGAAGAAGAACUGGUGACGACACCAUAAUUCUGAGUCUUUUUUCUAGAGAGAAAAAUAAUAGGCCACCUAAAAAGGAAUAUCUGAGAUGCCAACUUAUCAGAGGCCACAAGCGAAUGAUAAGAAAUUUAGGAAGUGACAUAAUCCCAAGGAAAACUUUAUAACAAAUUAAAUAAAUAAAAAAAAAAAUAUCUGAUAGGCUAAAAAUAAUUUUUUUUAAAAUUAUAUCAUAAUUUAUGUUUAAUUAUAUUUGUAUUGGUAUAAAUAAAGCAAAAAUCUGCAGAGAAAUCUUUGAAACUUAUAACAAGCUGAAAAUUUGCUAUGAAAAAAAUAAAGAAGUGCUAAACAGAGCUUGCCAAACAAUAAAUGGGCCUAAAACAGAUGGACAAGCCAAGAGACAGAAAAUUAAAGAAGAUCGUGAUAUAAGUCGAAGCUAUAAUAAUAAGUACUGCAAGUCAUAUUUUGAGUCCUCUGAGGUGAGAGAAAGCUAUCAGCUAUAUAUAGAUUAUUUAUUUGCAAAUGCUGGCCCUAGCGAGCUUUCAAAGAAAUUCAAGUUUUCUUGCUGCAAGUCAGAAAAGCAUAAUGAUGAGUGUAUAAUAAAAUGAAAUAUCCUGAGACAUUAUGUGAGCUUAAAAAUGAUCCAAGAUUUAGGAGUUCGACCGUGGCAGUAUUGCGAUGUGACAGUUGUCAACCAAGAAGAGGAAGGUAUUAGUCAAGAAAAUUUGAAAAUAAGCAUCUUGACUGAUUAG